UCUCCAAACAAAAUUCGUAUCAAAAAGCUUUCUUACUUUCACUUUUUCUUGUCUUUUGUCAGAGAAUCUUCCACACCCUCUUUUUGUUCGGUUCCAUUCCCUAUCAUCUAAGCAUCUAUGUAUCUGUUCAUCAUUAACAUAUUAGACUAGACAAGUGGGAGGGAAAGAAAAAAGGCCCCGUAAGCAUUAUGGCUAAGUUUUGGUGUUCCUUGUGCAUAAUCAUAAUACUUCAACUGUCAAAAUUGGCCAUUUCUCGGCGUGAACAAGUCCCAACACCACCGCUUCCAGUCCUACCGCUCCCAACAUUUUCCCAAUUGAAAUGGCAACAAAGAGAGCUCAUAAUGUUCCUCCACUUUGGUGUCAACACAUUCACAGACUCCGAAUGGGGAACCGGCAAGGAAAACCCAGCCAUAUUCAACCCUGCUGGUCUGGAUGCCAAGCAAUGGGUUACCACAGCUGCAGAGGCGGGGAUUUCUCUCAUGAUCCUCACGGCAAAACACCAUGAUGGCUUUUGCUUAUGGCCUUCUAGAUAUACUGAUCAUUCUGUUGUAUCUAGUCCUUGGAAAAAUGGCCAUGGGGACGUGGUGCAAGAGUUUGUCAGUGCAGUCAAGGCUCAUGGCGGGAUUGAUGCUGGACUGUACCUGUCACCCUGGGAUCGCCAUGAUCGGAGAUAUGGACAGGAUUUGCAGUACAACGAAUACUACUUAGCUCAGUUGCAAGAGCUGCUUAUCGAGUAUGGGAGCGUGAAGGAGAUAUGGUUUGAUGGAGCAAAGGGUAAAAAUGCGAAGAACAUGUCCUACUACUUCACAGAUUGGUUUGCAAUGGUGAGAGAGUUGCAGAGUUCAAUCAAUAUAUUUUCUGAUGCCGGUCCCGACGUGAGAUGGGUGGGAAAUGAGCGUGGAUUUGCCGGAAACACGAGCUGGUCUACCAUCAAUAGUACCUCCCUGUCAAUAGGAAAUGCAAGCAUUAUCGAUUAUCUCAACACGGGUGAUCCAAAAGGGACAAACUGGUUGCCUGCAGAAUGUGAUGUUUCAAUUCGAAAAGGAUGGUUCUGGCAUAAAUCAGAGUCACCAAAGAAGUUAAGCGAGCUUUUAGAGAUUUAUUACAAUUCAGUAGGAAGAAAUUGUGUCAUGUUACUUAAUGUGCCACCCAAUUCAACGGGGCUUAUAUCUGAAACAGAUGUUCAGAGAUUAAAGCAAUUCAGAAGUGCAAUUGACACCAUAUUUUCUACCAAUUUGGCAGAGAAAUGUUUCAUAAAAGCUAGUAGCCAAAGAGGGGGAAAGGGAGGUGGUUUUGGCCCCGAGAAUGUGUUGGAUAGUGAUCAUCUCUGGACAUAUUGGGCACCAAGGGAUGAUGGUCACAAAAAGGAACAUUGGAUUGAGAUCAGAGUACAAAAUGAAGGGCUGAGAUUCAAUGUGGUCAGAAUUCAAGAAGCAAUAGGGCUUGGUCAAAGGAUCGUAAGGCAUGAAAUUUUUGUAGAUGGCAAGAAACUAGUGGAGGGGACAACAGUGGGACAUAAGAGGCUUCACAGACUUGAAGAGGUUCACGGUCGUGUUGUGAGGAUCGUAGUUAAGGAAUCGAGGGGAUUGCCUUUGAUCUCUUCCAUUGGCCUGCAUUUUGACCCUUACUGGAACCCAAAUGAGCAGUUAUUAUUUUAGGCCUGAAGCAGUCUUUGACUCAAAAAGUGGCCUUUUUAAGCUUUCAGGCUUUCAGCUGCCUGCUUUUGGCCUUUCCGUAUGUUUCAGGCCCAUGCCUUUCUGCUUGAUCUAUUUGUCUUCAUAUGUAAUAAAGGUUGCUAAAGGCAUAACGGAAAAAAAAUAUAUAUAUAUA